GUGUUGACUGAAACCAACACUUCCCAAAACACACACUGCAGUGUGAUGUUUCCAUCUGCUGACUUUGAGGACACCCACUGGUUUUCGACAGAAAUAAAAGGAAUGCACCAGUUAGUUAUUACCGUACCUGCACGUCCUGUUCCUACCUGUGUCCUACGUCAUCAGAAAGCAGCCAAUACGCAGGUUAUAACAGCUGUUUCUUGAUUGUCAAUACGGAAGAAGUUACGAAGGCGUCUUUUGUCUUCAGUCAAGUUGGAGUGACUGUAAAGCCACGGGUCUAUAAUUUACGACAGUGAGUUGGUUUUGACGCGACAUAUCCCGAGAUAUCGUUUAAAGCAGCUAACGCUAACUUAUGAGGAACAGUUGUCAGAUACAGCACGGCUAGCUGCAGCAGCUAACAAGCAUGACAGGGAUCACAGCAAGUACAACUAACUACCUGUGGUCAAUACAAGAUGUCCUGGGUCAAGGAGCUACUGCCAGUGUCUACAAGGCCCGCAACAAGAGGUCGGGUGAGCUGGUUGCUGUCAAGGUGUUUAACACGAUGAGCUACAACCGCCCCCAUGACGUCCAGAUGCGAGAGUUUGAGAUGCUCAGGAAGCUGAGCCACAGCAAUAUUGUUCGGCUGUUUGCUGUGGAAGAAAUGCCCUCUAAAAACAAGGUGCUGGUGAUGGAGUAUUGUUCAGGAGGAAGUCUGCUCAGCCUGCUUGAGGAGCCAGAAAAUGCCUUUGGCCUGCCUGAAACCGAGUUCCUUAUAGUUUUGCAGUGUGUCGUGCAGGGCAUGAACCACCUGCGAGAAAACGGGGUGGUUCACCGGGACAUCAAGCCUGGUAACAUCAUGCGACAGGUUGGGGAGGACGGAAAGUCUGUUUAUAAGCUGACUGACUUUGGAGCAGCGAGAGAGCUGGAAGAUGAUGAGAAGUUUCUGUCGAUCUAUGGAACCGAAGAGUAUCUGCACCCAGACAUGUAUGAACGUGCUGUGUUGCGCAAGCCUCAUCAGAAAUCCUAUGGAGUGAGUGUAGACCUGUGGAGUAUUGGUGUGACAUUUUACCACACUGCCACUGGGAGUCUUCCCUUCACACCAUAUGGUGGACCCCGCAGGAACAAACCCACCAUGUUCAAAAUAACGACAGAGAAGCCGAUGGGCGCUAUAGCUGGAAUACAGCGCGUGGCAGACGGACCUAUAGAGUGGAGCUACGGCCUUCCUCACAGCUGUCAACUUUCACAAGGUCUGACAGUGCAGCUGGUUCCGGUCCUGGCAGGUAUACUGGAGGCUGACCAGGAGAGGUGUUGGGGUUUUGACCAGUUCUUCACAGCCACCACAGACAUCCUGCAGCGACAGCCAGUUCACCUCUUCUCUCUGCAACAGGCCCAGGCGCAUUGCAUCUACAUACACCACUACAACACGGUGUCAGUAUUCUUUGAGGAGGUUGCCUCUCAGACUGGUAUUGGAGUACAGCUGCAACAUCUACUGUACCUGGGUCACGACCUCCCUCUGGAAGGCAACAUGAAGGUGGUCAACCUCCCGAGUACUUCAAGAGCCCAGCCUCUGAUUCUGCUCAGCUGCGGGCCUGAAGCAAACCCCAGCCUUCCCUUCAGAGAACCAGAGACUCCUGUCAUCCCAUCCAAGUUUGAUGUUGUGGCAGACUAUCACUUCACUAAGGUAACGGUGGGAGUGGUCCACCAGUAUCUCAGGAUGGUAAAGUUGCUGCACUCACAUAGAGAGCUACUCCUUCAAGGAUACUACAGCUACAUGAUGAGGCUGCGCAGGGAGUGUGGAGAAGCGAUGCACAGUAUUGCCAUGAUCACUGUUAGACUUCAGUCCUGCCUCAGCGUAGAACACAGGCUUCACACACUGGGCCAACACACUUCAGAAAACCAAGGUUCAGGUGAUGGCAACGAAAAGCUGCAGCUGGUCCACCAGCACCUGCCCAUAUACGCCACUGGCAUCCAAGAGUUUCAGAACCGACUGGACCAUCUGCAGAUAGAGCAGGCCAAACUAGCAGAGACGCUCGCCAAUGACAAGAGCUGCCAGAAGAUGGAGAUGCUGCUGCAGAAGAUAACAGUGAUUCACCAGCACUAUCGCAAAGACAAACUAAUUGGCAAGUUGUCUUAUAAUGAUGAGCAAAUCCACAAGUUUGAAAAAAUCCACCUGUCAACCCACAUUAAGAGAGUGAAAUCUCUCUUUAGAGACGACUGUGUACAGAGAUACAAAGAGCUUCUGGCCUCAGCCAGGACGUGGAGCAGUGUGUUACUGGAAAAGCAGACCCGCUUGCAAGACUUUGGCUCUUUCUCCACAGGCUUGUUGGCAGACCUGGAGAUGAAUAAUCAGCGUCAGAAUAAGGCUCUGGACAGAAUAUUAUCCGGUCUUAAGCCCGGCAGAGGAGCACAACAGUCCACAGUUGCACCCAGAGACAAGGACCAGAUGGUCUUCAGGAUGCACCAUCUAAAGGAGGAAAUGGAGAUUUUGGUGCAGGAACUACAGUUUAACAACAGCGUUAUAGAGAGUUUGGGAGCAGUGAACUCUACAGCAGCUUUGGAUCCAAGCUUGAGCAGACCAUCUACGCUGUGACAAAAGUACGACAUGUAGGACCGGCUACAGCACUGUGUGUGCAAGCGCUGCAUGAAGAGGAAGCAGCCAAAGACAAUCAAUUAAAUGUGAAUCUCAGUUUAGAGAUAAGAUGCACAGGAUGAAGAAGGAGGAAACGCUAUUAAUGGGUUUUCUUUAUUCAGUGUGUGGGUGUGUGUGGCAUCAGAGACAAGCAGUUCAAUAUAAACCUCAUUGAAUCCUUUAGUGUUACAGUUAUAAUGGGCUGCAACAGUGAUGGAUUGUCAGGAUAAAUGUGAAGUCAGCUGCCAUGUGUUAAUCUGAUGCAGAGUUUGUUCUUUGUUCCAUAGAGAGAGAGAAACCUGGAGACGCUUUAAAGGAGCAAUAUGUAAGAUAUCGACUGAAUUCAUUCAUAAAAUGACCUAUAUCAUCAGACAUUAAGGAAACUUGCUAUGUUGAAAUACUUGCUUGCGGAAGCGGGCAAGCCAACAGGUUCAGAUAUAACUGAUUCUACCUGACCUAAAAAGCCUUGGCAUUUUUCUAAUCAGAUCCCCAUCCAGAAAUGUGACAAAGCUAUAGGAUAAAUAUUGAUGCGCUUGAAAAAUGGAGAGAGGUUUGAGCUGCCGUGCCUGCGACAUGGAAAACACUACAUGUGUUAACAUAUUGCUCCUUUAAAUGAUUAAUUUAAAAGGACUCACUGUGUAUCUCUCUGUGGGAAUGGAUGUCUUAUGUCUGUGUGUUUGUUAAGGAAAACUAAGGAUUCCCCUGCUGUCUUUUUGAUCAUAAAAUAAAGGUUUCAUGUGACUUCAUA